AACCAUAUCAGCAUGAACAACUCCGCGUUAAAUCUAAUUCUGUUGUUUUUACCUAUCCUCGUGUUUCUUCUCAUGGGAAUUUGUGAGUCGAAGCCUUGGUGGCCAGCAAAUGAAGCAGGAUACGAUGCCAGUCUGGAUCCUGUGGCCUGGUCGAGAUCCUUCGUCCCGGAUCAAGUGAGGAAAACCCGCUAUAAUGCCAUCCCAGAACCGAGAAGCAAUCAUCGCCGCCGACAAUCAUCUAAACUUUGGUACCAGAAACCCGUUGCCGAGUUCCCCAAACACUUUGUGAGUGCAAAAUACUACAAGAGAUUCCUGAGACGGCGACAAAAACUGGCGGCACGUGAGAGAUACGCACACUGGAGGCAUUAGCCGG